AUGCCUUCUACUCUGAAGAUCGCCCUUCUGGCCUUCGCCGCCUUUGUCGCCGCGGUACCAUCCUCCCCUAAAAAUGAUGAUGGUACUCUUUUCGCAGUAGAGAAGCGAUGCGAGGCACUCUAUGCCAAGUGCAAUGAGAACAGCGACUGCUGUGGCCCCACACCGGUCUCUUGCAACUACAUCCCCAUCUGCGGCAACAACCGCUGUGUGUCUUAUGACCCUAACACCCCGUACAACCCUACGUGCUUCUAA